AUGGAGUCCAUCUCCCGCAUCAGCUCGCUGCUGGAACAAGCACGCGACCUCACUCUCGAAGCUGCCCGCGAUGCCGGACCACGCAAGUCAACACGCCCGCUCCCAGCAGCACAGAUUAAAAAACUGCUGGAUAGCAGGAAUGAAAGAGAUGUUCUAGAUGGUUUGCGGAGGGUGGUAGCGAUGCAAUAUGCCAACCCACCUCAGCCCACUUUGACUUACUUCGCUGCUGUCUUGAAGACGCUGUCAACUCCGUUUCCAUCCACUCGACCACUGGUCUACAACUAUCUCAUUCAUCACGCCGAGGCCGAUCCUGAUACUGCGUUGCUGUCGAUCAAUACGAUUCAAAAGUCACUCUCCGACAGCAAUCCUCGAAUACGGGCAAUGGCCCUCAAGACAAUGUCUGGAAUCAAAGUGCCCGUCAUCUCACAGAUUGUCAGCCUCGCUAUCAAGAAGGGCGCUACAGAUCUUUCCCCUCUGGUGCGCAAGUCAGCUGCGCUGGCUUGCGUGAAGUGCGUGAAACUCGACCCUUCGACGAGACCACAAGUAGAGGAGUACCUACCGACACUGCUCGGUGAUAAGCAGUAUUACGUCGCUGGUGCCGCAGCCCAGGCAUUCAUGGAGGUGUGCCCCGAGCGAUUAGAUCUGAUCCAUCCUGUCUACCGAAGUCUGUGCAAAAUGGUCGUCGACAUGGACGAAUGGGGUCAGCUUGCUCUUAUCAAACUAUUUACCACAUACGCCCGGAAGAAUUUCCCCAGGAGAACGAAGCAAGUAAAGCGAGCUGCGACUCAGGAGCAAAGAGCCAAAGACUUCUACGAAGACCUGGAGCCGAAGGAAGAGGAACACGCAGAGGAUAAUCUGGAGGAAGUUGAGAUGGUUGAUCCGGAUCUAGAUCUGUUCUUGAAGUCCAUCCAGCCAUUACUAUCAAGCCGGAACUCUGCAGUGGUCGUUGCGGUGACCAGAGCGUACCUGUAUCUCUMUCCGCAACACCACCUACAUCAGGCCAUUCGUCCUUUGAUAGCUUUACUUCGUGCUCCCCAAGAUAUGAAGCAGGUGGCCUUGUACAACAUCGUCCAGGUCUGCCUAUCAUAUCCAGCCCAGUUCGUUCCAUACUUCCGCCAUUUCCUCAUCCAAUCCACCGAAGCGCCUCACAUUUGGCGCCUCAAGCUCGAAAUCUUGACCCUGGUCUUUCCUCACAACGGCAAAGAAGUUCAAGAUCUGAUACUCGCUGAGCUGGAGCAUUUCUCAAAGGGACACAACGCACAUCUCACCCGCGAUAGUGUCCGAGCAAUAGGAAGAUGCGCUCAAGAUUCGAGCACCACCACAGCGCGGAGGUGUCUGAAUCUCCUACUCAAGCAGAUACACAGCACGGACUCAACUCUCGUUGGGGAGGCCAUGGAAGUGAUCCGACACUUGAUACAGCGCUCUCCAGGCGAGCACAGCAAGACUGUCAUCCGACUAGCCAARAACCUCGACUCGCUCACAUCACCAACUGCACGUGCCAGUAUCGUGUGGCUUGUCGGUGAAUUUGCCGGUCUAGAUGCGGAGCACAGUAUUGCUGCUGAUGUCCUUCGAAUCCUUGUAAAGGGUUACGCAGACGAGAGUGACGAAGUUCGGGCACAGAUUGUGCUUUUAGGAGCAAAAGUCUACCUGCACCAUCUCAAUGCAAAGAAUUCGAAGCAGAGGGCACUUGAUGCGCUCAAUGGCGACCCCACGUCGACACAUCACGACUCCAGCACUGUUCUUCCGUCACAGGACGAGGAUGACGGCGGCUUCCGAGAGCAUGCACACGAUGAGGCUUCUGUUGAGCCGCCGCCUCCCGAAAAGCAGCAUGCAAUUGAGAUGCUGUAUCAACAUACCAUGCUAUUGGCACGCUAUACACCUUCCUACGAUCUUCGAGAUCGCGCACGGCUCUUCCGCGCCCUGCUCGCAAUACAAAGCAGUACGGAACUGGCGAGCUUACUCCUGCUAGCACCUAAGCCAGUGCCCCAGGCGCCUUCACCAAGUGAAUCACGGAAAGACUUUGCUUUGGGAUCUGCAAGUUUAGUCAUUGGCGGAGAGGCCGGUGUGAAUGGGGUUGGCGGAUAUGAAAAGAUUCCGGACUGGGUGGAAGAUGGCAAGGAGCCGGAUCCGGCCCUUCGCGAUGAGAGAGAUGCAGGUGGGAGGUCCGAGUACGUGUCCACGAAGAGUCUUUCUGCUGGCCAGAGAUUAGAUGAGGCGCUGCAGGCUGAUCCUGGGUAUACGUCGAAUGGAGGCACAAGCAAGAAGGAGAAAAGCUUGGAUGCUUGGCUUGAUGAUGAUGAUGAUGAUGACGACGAAGAUGGGAGUGAGGAAGAGGAAAGCGAUGAGGAGACUGAGACGGAAGAAGAAACUGAUGAGAGCGAGUAUGAGACAGAGAGUGAGGACGAGGAAGCCAGGCUUGUGCAGUAG